UUCCACCUUCAGCCAUUUUGAAGAUGUUGGGAGCUGUGGGACGCUGCUGCACGGGGGCUUUGCACGCUCUGAAGCCCGGGGUUGCCCCCCUGAAGGCCAUUACCGGAGCGCCAACAGCGUUGUUUUCACGCAGGGGUUAUGCGGCUCCCGCUGCAGCUGUUGCCGCGGCGAGCGGACGUAUCGUUGCGGUCAUCGGUGCCGUGGUCGAUGUCCAGUUCGACGAGGGCCUUCCACCAAUCCUGAAUGCCCUGGAAGUGGCUGGUCGUGACACCAGGCUUGUUCUGGAGGUUGCUCAGCACCUUGGGGAGAACACUGUCCGCACCAUUGCUAUGGAUGGUACUGAGGGUCUGGUGCGUGGCCAGAAGGUUUUGGACACUGGGGCUCCUAUCAGAAUUCCUGUUGGCCCUGAAACAUUGGGCAGGAUUAUGAAUGUCAUUGGUGAACCCAUUGAUGAGCGAGGACCAAUCACCACAAAAACGACGGCUGCUAUCCAUGCUGAGGCCCCUGAGUUCACAGACAUGAGUGUGGAGCAGGAGAUUCUGGUCACUGGAAUCAAGGUGGUUGACCUCCUGGCCCCCUAUGCCAAGGGUGGAAAAAUUGGUCUGUUUGGUGGUGCUGGUGUAGGAAAAACUGUAUUGAUUAUGGAGUUGAUCAACAAUGUGGCUAAGGCCCAUGGUGGUUACUCUGUGUUUGCUGGUGUUGGGGAGAGGACCCGUGAGGGAAAUGAUCUGUACCAUGAGAUGAUUGAGUCUGGUGUCAUCAACCUGAAGGACACCACCUCCAAGGUCGCUCUGGUUUACGGGCAGAUGAAUGAGCCCCCAGGUGCACGUGCCCGUGUGGCUUUGACUGGACUCACCGUUGCCGAAUAUUUCCGUGACCAGGAGGGACAGGAUGUGCUGCUCUUCAUUGACAACAUCUUCCGCUUUACCCAGGCUGGAUCAGAGGUGUCUGCCCUGCUGGGACGUAUCCCCUCUGCUGUGGGUUAUCAGCCUACCCUGGCCACUGACAUGGGUACCAUGCAGGAGAGAAUCACCACCACUAAGAAAGGCUCGAUCACAUCUGUACAGGCCAUCUAUGUACCUGCUGAUGACUUGACUGACCCAGCCCCUGCUACCACCUUUGCCCACUUGGAUGCCACCACUGUGUUGUCCCGUGCUAUUGCUGAGCUUGGUAUCUACCCUGCUGUGGAUCCCCUGGACUCCACCUCCCGUAUCAUGGACCCGAACAUUGUGGGAGCAGAGCACUAUGAUGUAGCCCGAGGAGUCCAGAAGAUCCUUCAGGACUACAAGUCUCUGCAGGAUAUCAUUGCCAUCUUGGGAAUGGAUGAGUUGUCUGAGGAGGACAAGCUGACUGUAGCUCGUGCCCGUAAGAUCCAGAGGUUCCUAUCCCAGCCAUUCCAGGUGGCUGAGGUCUUCACUGGGCACUUGGGAAAGCUUGUGCCACUUAAAGACACAAUCAAAGGCUUCAAAAGCAUUCUUGCAGGAGAGUACGAUUCCUUGCCUGAGCAGGCAUUCUAUAUGGUGGGUCCCAUUGAAGAGGUCGUUCAGAAGGCAGAGAAACUGGCUGAGGAGCAUUCGUAAAACAAGUUUGUCGUACAAACAUUAGGGAAGUAACCAGAGGAGCACUUGGUUUGUAAAGUUGCAUUCAAAAACAAUUGUACCUGUGUUGUCAUCUAAAGUUGUAUUUAAUGUUUCCAAUUCAUGAAGAUGGAAAUAAAUCUGUCUUACCAUUAA